ACGGGUCAAUGCUUCAGCAUCACUCGUUCGCUCAUUCGAGAAUUCGCCGGUUUUGAUACACAUGUCGGGUUUGGGUCGAGCUAAAAAAGGAGGGGUGGACGUCCAAAAGGGCAGUAGGCCUGUCCGACCAUCACACGUAUUUGAUGCCAAGAAAGACGAGGAAGGAUACCCGAGGCGUCGACUUUUUCGUGGGGGAAGAAGAGUUAAAGCGCUAUAUGGACCGUCUCGAUAUUGAGACAGCCGCAAAAGCCAAGCAGGAAGCGGUGACUUUGCCUGAAGCUCCGGGGCCCGAUCAGAACCUACCCAAGGGCAGCGUGAGUUCGGCCGACGGUCCAGAAGGUAUGUGCAUAUCUUACGUUGUCUGAUACUGGAUAGAGGUUGCUGAAUAUUGUAUUGUACAACUUGCCGCUUUAGCAGUCAUGGUAACGCAGCACGAGAAGACCGCAUCCGAAGACGAGCAGAAAACCGGCGACAGAACAGAAAGUAUCGUAUAGUUGUGUAAAUGUGGCGAUGUGCGUGCCAGCCUGAUCUCUAUGAUGUGUUGUUACUCGUGUAGAUGCCAAUAUCGGCUGUGUACACAGUCCUAGUCACCCACAGUCAACUUCGCAGUGCGACCCGGCACCGCGUGAGUCCGUAGCGAUGGAGGACGUGAGAGAGUCCGGUGAGAUGGUGGGCAAUCGUGAGUUGGAUGCAAUGGUGGACGAGAAGUUGGGCCAGCACGAUUCCGGCGAGGUAGACGAUUCGUGUGAGCUUGACAGCGCGGAAGAACCCACACGGAAUCUGGAUGAGCAAUUUCGUUCCGUGGGCGACGAUUCUAACGAAGCGGAACCUCGCCAUUCGUCAGCAAACGCUGCAAUUUCUUCAGAUAUCAACCUGGUGCAAGACUUGGAUGACAAUAGAGAGUACAAGGCGAUGGAGUCAGAUUGUGAAAGCGAUGAUGGUGCUUCACGUGGCGACGAGAGUGAGACGGAGGGAGAGAUGGCUGACAUUACCGAAGAAGUCCACGUCGGGGAUGAAGAAGAAGCUGAUGAUCCUCUGUUCGACGCAUCUUUGAUCGACGCAGUUGAGAGGGGUUAUCGAGUAUUGCGAGCGGCACGAUAAGCGCCGACAUCUUGAAGAAUAUGUCCAUUUCUGGGUGGGCUAAACCUUGAAGUCUAUAUUUCAGAAAAAAAAUGCUUACGACUCUGACACGUGGUGGCCUUCUUUGCGUAUUUUAAUACACGAUAUUGGAUUAGCCUGUAUCGCUUACCCAUGUCAAAUUGGAUGAUACAGGAUAGUUCUUUUGCACCAUCAUAGGUGUCGGGUGAGUUGUCGCUAUCUAAUGUUCAGGAUAAAAAAUAAUUUACG